GCCGCCUUGGGGCUAACGGAAGAGAUGGAGCCGGCGAAGAUGGCGUCCCCCAAGAGCGCGCCCAAAGACGCGCAGGUGAUGGCGCAGAUCCUGAAGGACAUGGGCAUCACGGAGUACGAGCCGCGCGUCAUCAACCAGAUGCUGGAGUUCGCCUACAGGUAUGUUACAACUAUACUGGAAGAUGCGAAAAUCUACUCGAGCCACGCAAAGAAGUCCAGCGUCGAUGCGGAUGACGUGAGGUUGGCGAUCCAGUGUAGAACAGACCAGUCCUUCACGUCUCCCCCUCCGCGAGACUUCUUGUUAGAUAUUGCAAGGCAGAAAAAUCAGACGCCGCUGCCGCUGAUAAAGCCUUAUUCUGGACCCAGGCUCCCACCUGACAGAUACUGCUUGACCGCUCCCAACUACCGGCUGAAGUCCUUGCAGAAGAAGGUCUCUUCCUCUGCAGGCAGGAUAACAGUCCCUCGCCUGAGCGUUGGUGCUGUGAGCAGCAGGCCCAGCACUCCUACUUUAGGUACACCUUCAGCACAGGCAGUGUCCGUCUCAACCAAAGUGGGCACUCCGGUGUCGCUGACGGGGCAGAGGUUCACUGUGCAGAUCCCCUCUUCCCAGGCCACAGUCAAGUCAGCCACACCAACUACUCCGACAGUUCAGAAUGUUCUAAUUAAUCCUUCGUUAAUUGGACCAAAGAACAUUCUUAUUACUACAAAUAUGGUGUCAUCACAGAAUGCAUCUAAUGAAUCGAACCCCUUGAAAAGGAAGCAUGAAGAUGAUGAUGACUACGAUAACUUGUGAGGAGGCUGCCCGGUCCCCUUCCUGUCAUCACUGAUUCACAUUGAGUCUAAUGAGGUUUUUUUGCCAAGAGUUCUUCAUAAGCAGUGUGAGAAUGUAUAAAUACUCCGUUAAUGUACACUGAGGAUGGAGUGAGAGAGAUCUUUGCCUGUGGAAAGAAAGAUGGGAAAGCGACUCAUUGUUUCCUGUGGCGCGUGGUGUCUUGUGGAGCUCAGCAGCGAUGGUGAGCACUGGUCCCUGUCACACGGGAGAACAGUCUCUGUGCCUCUUCUGUUGCCUUAUUUCUAAUGGAUGUGUCCAUGUCUCUGAACCCAGGGAGCCCUGUGCUGUAGUACUGUCCUGUGCCAAGUAAAGUUAGUUUUUAGAAAACUCUGGAUGGUGUGACAUAGAGAUUCCUUCCAAAUAACAUCAAAACCAGCCCUGGGAGACUGGGAGAGGUGGGACAGAGCUGGAACAGCAUAUCAGCCUUUUUGGGUUUUUGUUCCCCUGAAUACAUUUGCUGCUUCUAGGUAAUGUUAGUCCCAUGCAUUGUUCUCCAUGUGCAGUUCAGUGAGUGCAAAGAUUCUCUCUUAACAGUAGAAAUGCAGACAAAAAGAAGAGGAGUGGGUUUUGGGAGAACAAUUCCUUAGGCUGUCCCCCUUCUACCUGUUAAUCUGCGGUUUCUGUUCACCUCCACCAGUACCCACAGAUCUAAGUUGGAGGAAAGGAAAACACAGCAAAGAUUUGUUCUGGUUUUAUUUCGAAAGAGUUUCGUUAAGCUUGUGCUUGUGCGUGCGUGUGGAGUGACCUGUGGCACGUGGGGACCUGGUGGUGAUGUGUCCUGAGCUUGGCUCCGAGGGGCUGACGUGAAGCCCCGGGUACCUGCAGGUGCUUCUGUUGUGGACCAGCAGCCCCAAUCUGCUGUGCUGCAAGGCUGAAUGAUGUGGUUUUAUAUAUUAAAAAGCAAAUAAAGCA